AUGGCCCCGAUACCAGUCUACAGCUCAAGCCCCAUCAAUGCGGCAGCAAAGGCCUCGGGGAUAACGCCGCGGACAGCUGGCGGCGACCACCACUCCGCAGAGGCUCCAGAAACCACCACGUCAGCAGCCAGGCCGCAAGGGUAUCCUGUCGCGCAGCCGGGCGCGCAGCCAACCUUGCCCGCCGCCGCCGUCCAGACAGGAGCAGCAGCACCGCAAACCUCUGCUGCUGCUGCCGCUGCCGGCCUCGAGCCCACGCCAACUCAUCAACUGGUUCGCGAUGGGAGCCCUCCGGCUCCACAGCCAGGCGCUGUGCCUGUAGCCCCCGGGACGAGAAGCAAGAUCCCCCCGCCCCCGAGGGCGGGCGAGUCUUUGCAGGCCGCGCAGCUUCCUCCUGUCGCUACCGCCGUGCCCUCGCAGACGACGCUGCCCCCCCAGAUGUCCUACCCUGCUCCCAAUCCAACAUACCCGCCCCGAGCAGGAUCGUCUACGAUAACCGCACAGGUGGCGAGAUCGGCAUCAGGAACUGUGCCCACUCCUCUGGGUGAGCUCGGGCCUGGAGAGGACGGUGACAGGUUCUCCCACCCACCCGGCUACCACCAGAACGCGCUCGGUCCAGGUUUGAGCAGCCGCCAGGAAGAUCAGGGCAUCUACACGUCGCAGCAGCAGCGCUUUGACGACGACCAGGAUGAGGAAGGGCUAUGGGGAGCUGCGAGGAAGUGGGCAACAGCUGCCGGUAACAGCCUAGCACAGGCGGAAAACGAAGUUUGGAAAAGGAUCAAUAAGGGUUAG